AUGCUUGACUCCAAGACGCACCGCGCGUGGGAAAGCAAUCAAGGAAGAUCAACGGCUUUGGAUAAAUUUCAUGAUUUCGAGGAGUUUCUCUUGUCGCGUAUCCGCGUUCUCGACGCAGUUGAGAGGCGCACGGAACUCGCGAAAGUUCCCGAAUCUAAUUCGAAAGGCUCGAAGGGGUUAAAGACAGCGACUGCCAAAGCUCACGCCGCGACCGGAGCUACCCUCAAAUGCUCGUUAUGUGGCGCGAAUCAUUACAUCUCGGCGUGUCCGACCUAUCGUGGUAAAAGUCCGCAGCAGCGACGAGAAUUUAUAUCGCAAAACCAGUUGUGCUUUAACUGUCUCGGGCCGCAUCGAGUCUCUGCAUGCCGCACAACUAAACGCUGCCUAACAUGCGGACAACUUCACCACACUUCUAUACACGGAACGUCUCAGAUCGCUGCUCAAGAGGAAGCUGCUGGUCAGAGCUCAACCUCCAAGGGACAGCCGUCUCAAAGUCUCUGCACCGCCGUGGUGAACACAGCCUCCAACGGGCGCGCGGAAUCUAAUGCGGAAUCGAACAAAGGAUCGGAGUUCGCGUUGCUCGCCACCGCCAACGUGAUAGUGACUAGUGCUCGCGGAGAUAAAAUUGUGGCGCGCGUUCUCCUAGAUCAAGGAUCCGAGCUCUCAUUUAUUACGGAGUCGCUGGCGCAGACCUUGAAGCUCGAGCGCAGCCGCGCAUCGAUACCGCUAAUUGGCAUCGGUGCUCGAAAUUCGGACACUCGGGGCAAGGUCGACUGCACGAUCCAAUCUCGCGUGUAUCCGGACUUUUCGUGUCGCGUCACAGCCUAUGUUCUCCCGCGACUAACAGCCCGGGUUCCCUCGAACUCAAUCCACAACGCUACGUGGCCUCAUCUCGAAAAGCUCAGUUUAGCCGAUCCUGCCUUCGCCGUCCCGGGACGCGUCGAUCUUCUCGGAGCGGAUAUCUACGGAUCGUUGCUCCGUGACGGCCUUCGCAAGGGCACGACCGGUACUCCGGUUGCUCAGUUAACCGCGCUCGGUUGGAUAAUUUCGGGGCCGGUCUCGAUAUCGCGACCGAGGAGUCUCGCUUACUCGAUUUCUCGCUCAGACGAACAGCUCAACGAACUCGUGGAAAGGUUCUGGCAACAAGAGGACAUCUCUCAACCCUCGAGCGCGCUUCUCUCAGAAGACGAAGCGCGAUGUGAGGAACAUUUCAAAAGCACGCAUUCUCGCACUCAGUCCGGUAGAUACAUUGUACGAUUGCCGCUCAGUCAAACGCCGAAGGAUUUCGGAGACUCUCGCUCAAUCGCUUGUCGAGCGCUAACUCGGAUGCAACGUCGAUGUGCGUUGAACCCGGAAUUUGCGAAACUCUAUACCAACUUUCUCGCGGAGUACGAAACACUGGAACACAUGAGCCGUGUUUCGCCUAACGAGACUGAGCCGGGCCGCGUUUUUUAUCUACCACAUCACGGAGUUUUGCGCGAAACAAGUGCGACGACCAAGUUACGUGUCGUUUUUAACGGAUCACAACGAACAAACGCCGGACUCUCACUCAACGACUGUCUCUACUCGGGUCCGAAAUUGCAGACCGAACUCUCGGACGUGCUCCUCCUUUGGCGACGACAUCGAUUCGUUUUCUCGGCGGAUAUCGAAAAGAUGUUUCGUCAGAUCCUCGUGGACUCUCGGGAUUGGGAUCUUCAGCGCAUUCUCUGGUCUCCGGACGAGCACACCGCACCCGUCUCUUACCACCUCCGCACCGUAACUUACGGUCUUGCGUGUGCUCCGUACCUCGCUCUUCGAAUCCUGAAACAACUUGCUGCUGAUCUAGGACCGCACUAUCCUCUCGCUCAGGAGAUCCUCGCGGAGCAGAUUUACGUGGACGACGUUCUGUCGGGUGCAGACUCUCUGCCCCUCGCUCGCGAGAGGAUAAAUCAAUUGGAUGCCCUCCUGACGGCGGGCGGCUUCAAGUUGCAAAAGUGGGUCGCUAACGAGCCGACCUUGCUUGAUUCCAUCGACCGGGAACGACGAGCGGACAUGAAUUCGCUCUCCAUUGACGACAACACGGUCUCUCGCGCUCUCGGACUUCUUUGGCAAGUGAAACAAGAUCAAUUCGGUUUUCGCGUUAAGGGUAUCCCGGUGCCGCAGACUUGGACAAAGCGCUCGGUUCUAUCAGUCAUUGCCCGACUCUUCGACCCCCUGGGAUGGCUGAGUCCAGUCACGGUCACGGCUAAAAUUUUCUUUCAAAAAUUAUGGCUUGAAAAGCUUGGCUGGGACGAGGAGCUCCCAAGCUCAGUAUCUCGACAGUGGAGCAGGUUCCACGAGGAGCUUCCCGCCGUUGAGACUAUAUCGGUGCCACGAUGGUUCGGGGGUUCUUCGAAUCCCGCGGACUUCGUCGAGCUGCACGGAUUCUCGGACGCCUCUACAGACGCUCUCGCCGCUUGCGUCUAUCUCAAGGUUUGCGACGGCGAAGACAAUUUCAAGGUCAAUCUCGUUGCCGCCAAAACUCGAGUCGCACCACUCAAGCCUAUGACUGUUCCGCGGCUUGAACUCUCUGCGGCGGUCCUCUUGGCGCGUCUGAUCUCACGGAUUCGAGACGUGCUUAAAUUGCAUCACGCUCCACUUUUUCUCUGGACUGAUUCUACGGUCGCUCUCACUUGGAUCAAAGGGCCUCCGUCGCGUUGGAAGGAUUUCGUACGCAAUCGGGUGGCACAAAUACAAGAUCUCGUGCCUUCCGGAAGCUGGCAGCACAAUCCCGCAGAUCUAGCGUCACGAGGAAUCAUUCCACGCGCCCUUCAAGCAUCUUCCUCCUGGUGGCACGGACCAUGCUGGCUGCUCGAGACCCCUGCUGCAUGGCCCGUAACCACGUCGCUUGACCAUUCACGGGACGAUCUUGAGGAGCGGAAAAUCAGGGCGAACGUUGCUCAAACCUCGCAAAUCUCAGAAUUUUGUCUGAUCCCAGAUAAAUUUUCUACACUUCGGAAGUUACUCCGGGUAACGGUCUGGGUAUUACGCGCUGUAGCUCGAUUUCGCUCACGCUCAUCUCUCGAUAUCAGCACUCCUCUACUGCCCGAGGAGAUAUCUCACGCGCUCAACUUCUGA